AUGUCAGACAUCGAUAACUGGAUCGACGUAGCAAAACAAUGCAAAUAUUUGCCUGAAAAUGAUCUUAAGAAACUUUGUGACAUUGUGUGUGAUUUAUUGCUGGAGGAGUCCAAUAUUCAGCCAGUAUCAACUCCGGUAACUGUUUGUGGUGAUAUUCAUGGACAGUUUUAUGAUUUGGAAGAGUUAUUCCGAAAUGGAGGUCCAGUGCCUGACACUAAUUAUAUAUUUAUGGGAGAUUUUGUAGACAGAGGAUACUACAGUUUAGAAACCUUCACACGACUGUUAACUCUCAAAGCUAAAUGGUCUGAUAGAAUAACAUUAUUACGUGGAAAUCAUGAAUCACGACAAAUUACACAAGUUUAUGGAUUUUACGAUGAAUGUGAAAUGAAGUAUGGCAAUGCGAAUCCAUGGAAAUAUUGUUGCAGAGUAUUUGAUUUACUUACUGUGGCUGCCUUGAUCGAUGAACGAGUACUUUGUGUACAUGGUGGUUUAUCUCCAGCUAUUAGAACAUUGGAUCAAAUUAGAACGAUUGAAAGGAAUCAAGAAAUUCCUCAUAAAGGAGCUUUUUGUGACUUAUUAUGGUCGGAUCCAGAAGACGUUGAUGCAUGGGCCGUAAGUCCACGUGGUGCCGGUUGGUUAUUUGGGAGUAAAGUAACUCAUAAAUUUAUGGAAAUAAAUGAUUUAGAACUUAUAUGCAGAGCUCAUCAAUUGGUGCAUGAAGGAUAUAGGUACAUGUUUGACGAUAAACUUGUGACAGUCUGGUCAGCACCUAAUUAUUGUUAUCGUUGCGGAAAUGUAGCUAGUAUAUUGAAUUUUACAAGUGUUGAUCAAAGAAGUACAAUAUUAUUUCAAGCUGUGCCAGAUUCAGAAAGAGUUAUACCGUCUUUAACCAUUACUCCGUAUUUUUUGUGA